UAGCCCCUUCCUUGGCAUGUCCCUGCCACGGGCAGAGCCAUGGUUCAUUUGUGCCAUACGCGUUUGGUAGCGAGUUGGGGUUGGGAAGGAUGUCCAGUCGCGCCAUGCCUCUAAAGAGUGGUCAGCUGUGGCUGAACAGUUCUUCUUUGGAGUCAGAUGAGCUGUCCUGAGUGUCAAUGACAUUUGCACUGUGCUGAGCAGUGAGUCAGUUUGCUCGGGCUGGCAAACAUACGUCUUUUGGAUCCCAGUUUUGUGUACGCCUUUGUGUGAGUAACCGGUGGAGCCUGAGGUCAGCUUGCAACCACUUGUAAAUCCUUGGCACAAAGUUUGUUGCUGAUGGUAUUUCCUUCUCUUUGCAGUAGGAGAGCUGAGAGGAACACUUGCACUGGGUGGGAACACAGUCUCUGUGCGUCGUGCCCUGGUGGGGACUGAAGCGGUGGUGGUGCAAAUGGGGCUGGGAGCCACCAGCUGCCAGUGGGGGACCCGGCUGUCACUGCCCACAGUGUAGCACACAAAGCUGAAGGAUGAUGCUGGUUCCUCUGUGUGACAGACUGUGGACACAGAGCAUCCCUCCCAUCUGUGCUGCUCCUCAUGUUUGACUCCUGAUGCCUCUGGUUUUGUUUCCAUGGAAGCUCUGUGAUGGUGUUCACUUCAGGGUGGAGGGGUGGGACUGCAGAUUGUCUCCGUUGCUUGCAGGGCUCCACUGAACUGGACUGUGGCUCUGAGCAGGAUGGUGAGUCCUCCACUCAGAUGUUGUUCAGAAACCUUACUAUAAGCUCUGCAUGGUUUGUAAUAUGGUACCUCCGGGUGAUGUCUGAUGUCCUGACUGAGCAAACUGCAGGCAGGAAGGCAUUUGCGCAUGGCAGGCAGCUCCUGUGCUUCUUCCCCGAUGGGAAUUCUGCAGCUUAAUUUAAAAGCUUUCAAUUACAGGAAUGCUUCAGUCCUCAGUGGUGAGGCCAGAUAGUGGAUCCAGUGGAUGGGAAGGGGUGGUGGAUCUGAUGGGUUUCCAAGAUGGGUGAUGCUGGUAAUUUGUCCUUGCUGGGAGGUUGUGAGUGAGAGCAACCGGUUCCUCAGAGCAGAAGGAAGUGAGAUGCAGCGGAAGCUGUGCACGGGUGUGAGGCUGCGUGUGCCGCCUGCUCAGUGUGGCCAAAUCACAGACGGAGGCAGAAACAUCUCAGAAUUAUUUUAUAUCUUUUUUUUUUUUCCUUUUUUUUUUUUUCCUUUUUUUUUCCUCCCUGCUUGCGUCACUGUUCAAACUCAGCACUUCUGGUUUCUAGCAGGUAGGAAUAAAUGGAUGCAGCAGUUGCAGGAGUAAUUUUACACUCUGCAUUGUGCAGGCUGUGCUAAGGUUGGGGACCAGGAUGACCCCUCGACCAAAGGGUUCUGGCAAGAUGCCUCUGGGGGUGGGGGCAGUAAAUUGUUUGAGAGUGGGGUGGAAGGAGGUGAUACUGGGCAGGCAGUAAGCCUGAGCCAUAGCCGUGACUCCCUCCUACUCCCCAGUACAACACUGGAAAGGCACUGGCUGUGAGAAAUCAGCUGGGCUGGCACUGAGCCCUGGAUUUUCAGUAUUUGUGGUGACAACAGACCGUGUCAAAACUGCAUAGGCUUUACACCUCUUUGCUCUGCAGGAUACAGCCAGCCCCCAGAACUGAUGCAGUGGGGAGGGUGUUGGCCCUGUCUGUAGCAGGUGGUAUGUCCUGCCAUGAGGGAUUCUUCUCUACAGGAUCUCCAGUGAUCCCUGGGUUGUCUGGGUUGGAGCCCUUCCAUAGAGUGAGCUCUGGCCCUCUGGAAUGGGAAACAUUUCCUUGUCCAUCCUAGACAUCCCAUACCCCUCCUAGACACCCCAUACCUUCCUAGACACCCCAUACCCUUUCUGCCUUGUCACUGUCCCUAUCCCGGGCUUUGACAGACUCAAGCAACAGCAGAAUCCCCUGUGCAAAGCCCUUGCUCCAGCUCCUUGGUGAUUGAGCCAUCUUGGGACACUGGCUGAAUUCUCCCAGACCAUGUGGACUUCACAGAGGGCUUCUGCUGAGGCACCACAGCAGCACCAAACCCACUACCAGGGGCACAGCACCUUGUAUUGCCAACAGCAUUGUCUGUCACCCAGCUGUGCUGUCUGGGGCCCUGCCUGGGAUGGGGACAGGGCACAUUUCAGAGUCAAGGUUACUGUGACAGCUUCUUGCUGGUGUUACUGCGAGAUGGACCCCCAAAAUAAGUACGUCCACACAGGUAUUGUCUCCAUAUACCUUUAUUGGUCUCUGUAGAUCCCUGUGGAAUCUUUUCUUAAAGAACCAAUGCAGCGUUUUGCUGCACUGGCUCUUUAAGAAAGCCUUCUCCCCUCCUCCGGAGCGGGCAGUAGGAGGGACCCGCGCAGUGUUCUCGCCAGUCUUUGCUGUGUCUCUCCCUGACUGGCAGCAGGGUGGUCCCGCCUCGCGGCUCUUGGAAUAGGCAGGGAGGUGCUGCAGAGGGGAGGGAGGACCCUCGAAAGCAGCACCUCCACCGUGUCUGUCCUUGCCAGAAGGAUGGUGUCCCUGUCACUGUCCACUGUGCCGGCCAUUGGUCUCCCCAGCCUCUCUCACCUGUUCCCUUAGGUCCCUUUGGUGCCCAGGUGGUGGGGGCAGGCAGGGUCCCAGGCAAGGCCCCUGCGGACCCCAGACCCCCAGGGUUUGUGUGCACCCAAGGGAGGUCAGGGUGGCCUUCAGUGCACCAGGGACAGAAAGGUGCAGAGAGACUUUCUACAAGAGUAUGUAGUGACAGGACAUGAGGGAAUGGUUUCAAGCUGACAGAGAGUAGGUUUAGAUUAGACAUUAGGAAUAAAUUCUUUACUGGGAGGGUGGUGAGGCCUUGGCAUAGGUUGUAAAGAGAAGCUGUAGCUGCCCCAUCCCUGGAAGUAUUUAAGGCCAGGUUAGACAGAGCUCUGAGCAACCUGGUCUAGUGGAAAGUGUUCCUGUCCAUGGCAGGGGGUUGUAAUGAGAUGGUUGUUCAGGUCGCUUCCAACCCUGCACAAGGCUUCUGCAGGGAUGUGAGCUGAGUUAACACCCUGCAGCUUGCCAUCAUCCUCAGUGACAGGGAGAGGAGGCAAUUACUGUUUGCUCCCCUCUGGGGAGGCCGAGACCCCUGCUUUUGUCCUCAGAUUGCUUGGCUGCAAAGCUGUGUCUGCUGCAGAAUGUCAGUAUGUGUGUCUGCCAGGUGGGAGGCUUGGCCCUCCUUCCCAAUCUGACAUCCUGAGCUGGUGUUGUGAUCCAGUGGUGUUUUAGCGGCCCUGUUGUCUGGCUCUAUCUAUUUGCAGUGAUUUGGGUACUGUGAACACUGACUUCUUCCUUGUCCCAGGGUGAGGAAGAGGUUCCAGUCAGGUGUGCUUUGGGAACAAUUGUGCUCUGGGAACAAUUGUGCUCUGGCUUUGAAUGCCUCACCUGUCUUUGUCUUCCCACCUUCAGCCUCCCACUCCCUCAGGUGGGCUGGCAGGGGUGGGCAUCCCUGUUUCAGUGCGAGGUCUCCUGGCUUGUGGUGGUACUGGUGCCAGUGAUGCCUCACUCAGAGAGGUAAUGAUGGGGUGCAGGCAGCAGCCAAAGCAUUAGCUGGGGGGGAGAAAAGGGGUGGGAGAAGAGCCCUUGGCACCUCAGGGCUCUAACAAGCACCUUUUCAUCAGGCAUGAAAAGUCCUUUGGCGUGCAUUCCUGACAGCUGCCCUUUGUGUGUGGGCACGAUGUGAAGCCCCCAUUGUGGAAGGGGGAGCACACAGGGAGGGUUUGUACCUAGCUUCCAGGCUGCCAGGACGUGCAGUUUCCCUGUGAACGCAAAGCGAGCUGUCAGAGCAAGUGAGUCAGGCUGGCAGAGGGGAGGCCGGGGGUGGCAGCCCCGCUGUUGCCGGCUCAGGCCCCUGCUUCCCUCACCUCCGGAGCCACUGCCGGCCGAGAGGGGACGGAGCUCUCGGCCAAUUGGGCGCUGAUCUGAAGCGAGGGGGGGAAAUCUGCUUCUCCCCCCAACCCCCCUCCCUCCCACCUCCGCGCUGGGGCUGUGAUUCAGUUCCCCUCCCCCAGCCCACCCCCUCUGCUCGGAGGCUGACAGCCGGAGCCGCAGCCUGCCGGAGCCCCGGAGCUGUUUUCCGAGCCGUGGAAGAGAGACCCAGGGAUUUUAUAGCAGUUCCUCAGUGCCUGCUGUGUCCCGGGCCGGCCGCGCACAGACAUGGAGAGUGUCAGCCUCCAGCGACCCGCCUGGAAAUGGCAAGUACUGAGUUUGUUUUUGCUCUGCGGCUGGGGCCGGGUCUCCGGGCAGAUCCGCUACUCGGUAGUUGAGGAGUCAGAGGUGGGAACUGUGGUGGGGAACAUGGCCCGGGACCUGGGCUUGAAGGUGGAGGAGCUGCCGGGUCGCAGGCUGCGCCUGGGCUCCGAGGAGAGCUCACGCCACUUCGCCGUGCGCCUGGACAGCGGCACGCUGGUGGUGAGCCAGCGGCUGGACCGGGAGCGUCUGUGCGGAGCAGCUGCCAGCUGCAUGCUGUCGGUGCAGGUGCUGACGGAGAACCCCCUGCAGCUCUUCCGCCUGGAAGUGGAGAUCCUGGAUGUGAAUGACAACUCCCCGAGCUUUCCCACCGCUCAGCGCACCCUGCGCAUCGCCGAGUCUGCCACGGUGGCCUCGCGCUUCCCCCUGGAGAGUGCUCAGGACCCCGAUGUGGGCACUAAUGCUGUGAGCUCCUACAGGCUGAGCCCGAACUCCCACUUCUCCCUGGACGUCAAGCAGCAGCCGGAUGGCAAACUCUUCCCAGAGCUGGUGCUGGAGCGUGCCCUGGACCGGGAGGAGCAGCCAGAACUGCAGCUGGUGCUGACGGCCGUGGACGGGGGAAGCCCAGCCCGCUCGGGCACAGCACAGAUAACAGUCCUGGUCCUGGAUGUCAACGACAACGCUCCCACCUGCGGCCGCACCACAUACAAGGUGCAAGUCCCGGAAAACACACCUGUGGGGGCUGUGCUCCUCCAGAUCAAUGCAUCUGACCCUGAUGAGGGUCCCAAUGGGGAGACACAGUACUCCUUCGGGGUUCACACCUCGGACUUGGUGCGGAGGCUGUUCUCCCUGGAUCCUCACAGCGGUGAGGUCCGGGUUAGUGGGGCCCUGGACUUUGAGGAAUCACCUUUCUAUGAGAUCUAUGUGCGAGCCCAUGAUGGAGGGGUCCCAGAGAUGGAGGGCAAUUGUGUUCUGCAGGUGCAAGUGGAGGAUGCCAAUGACAACCCCCCAGAGGUGCUGCUCACCUCCCUGCUGAAUCCGGUGCCAGAAGACACCCCACCAGAGACUGUCGUGGGGCUCUUCAAUGUCCGGGACCGAGACUCAGGGGCCAAUGGGGAUGUGAGCUUGCAGAUCUCCCCUGAUGUGCCUUUUGCCAUCAGGUCCCUUCAGAACCACUUCUCUCUGGUCACCCGGGAGAGCCUGGACCGGGAGUCCACCUCACAGUACACAGUGGUGCUUAUUGCCCAGGAUGGUGGGUCUCCUGCCCUCACCACAACACUCACGCUGCUCCUCAAUAUAUCUGAUGUGAAUGACAACCCCCCACGCUUCUUGCAGCCCUCCUACGAUGCUUUUCUCGCGGAGAACAACCCGCCUGGCUCCCUGCUGUGCACUGUCUCUGCCUCAGACCCUGACGAUGGGGUUAAUUCCCGGCUUGUUUACUCCAUAGAGAGUGGCCAAGUGCAGGGUUCCCCCAUCUCUUCCUUCGUCCACAUCAACCCUGACAACGGCAACCUCUACGCGCAGGGUACCUUUGACUUUGAGCAGCUGCAGGUUCUGCCGGUCUCUGUGGCCGUGUGGGACUCGGGGUCCCCCCCGCUCCAUGCCAAUGUUACUGUCUACAUCUUUGUGCUGGACCAGAAUGACCACCCCCCCACCAUCCUGCACCCUGCCAGUGACAGCGAUGCCUCGGCACCCCAGAGGGUCCCGCUGUCUGCCCCACCGGGCUCCCUGGUCACCAAGGUGACAGCAGUGGAUGCAGAUGCUGGGUACAACGCCUGGCUCUCGUACCGGCUGUUGCCACAGUCCACCGACCCCUCAUUGUUCCACAUGUCUCUGCACACCGGGGAGGUGCGGACGGCACGUGCCUUCCAGGACACCGACAUGGCAGUGCAGCAGCUCGUUGUCCAGGUGACGGACAACGGCGACCCACCGCUGUCCACCACCGCCACCAUCACCGUGGCCCUGGAGGAAGCAGCCCCGGAGGAGAGCUACAAGCCUCGGGACUUCCUGGCUGGUGCCAAGGAGAAGCCGGACCUGACCCUCUACCUGAUCAUCGCGCUGGCAGCCGUUAGCACGGUGGCACUGGCCACUGUCACCGUCCUGGCCGCCAGGUGCCUUCGGCGCAGGGGCCGCGCCGCCGUCUCACCCUACUGCUGCUGCUGGCUCAGCGAGUCGCCCUCCCGGGACUUCUUCAAGCACUCCAGCCCCAAGCUCCAGCUCAGCUCCGACGGCACCCUCAAGUACAUGGAGGUCACGCUGCGACCCACCGACACCCAGUCGCAGUGCUACAGCACCUGCUUCUCCCCGGGCUCCGAGCGGAGCGACUUCACCUUCCUGCGGCCUUGCCCACCCUCUGCCACCCUGCCGAGGGAGAGCGGGGCUUUCCUGCCGGCCAGCGGCACGCUGCGGGAGCGCGCCCAGGUGAGCGGCUCUGAGGCUCUCCUGCGGGCCGGCGGCGCGCCGCGGGAGCGCGCCCAGGUGAGCGGCUCUGCAGGCCGCGGGAGCGCGCCCAGGUGA